GGCUCAUAACCAAGUCUUUGUCAUACAUAUAUGUUCUUUGGUUUUUAAAAUGAAAGAGCUAAUACGUGAAACUGCAUACAACGUGUCAUAGUGCCUACUCGAAAUAUUUCCAGUUGUGUGUACUUCAUUUAAAGUGUUUUCAAUACGAUCAUUGAGUUGACCGACAAGAAUAUUACCCAACUACGGUACAGUAAAUACACAGGGGCAUCAAACAUGCCAGGACAAGUAAAAAUUCAAACUGGGAUCAGCCUCUGGAAGCACAAUAUAUCAGAGUUAAUCCUUGAACUUGUUGCAACAUGUGGCAAUGAAGACGAGGUGGAGAAAGUCAGAAACUGGUUAGAGAAUCCUGAUACGAUUCCUACAAAAGCCUAUACAAUUGCAAUGACCACGGUAACCUUGGUUGACUUUGUAAUUAGUGACGACGACCAAUCAACUUGCAAGAUGUGUUUUGGUAAAUUUAAAAAGUGCAUUCCGUUUCUGCCCAUUAUUAAAAUGUUAAUCAUCCGAGAAAUGGACGAGUCUGAGAAAGAGAGGAUUGCAGGACGUUACAUAAGAGAGCUUUUGAAGGAUGCAACAUAUAAGGAUGAUCUGGAAGAAGUUUACAACAAGUGGGAAAAAGCAAGGAUAGAUACAAUACAGAGAUUGAGAGAUAUUGCAGAUGAGAUGGCCAAUGACAGAAGAAAUACUAACAUUGCCAAAGUAGUCGGUUCUUCAGUGUCCAUCGCAGGAGCUGCAGUGGCUGUAGGAGUAACGGUGGUAGCAGCAUUAAUCCCUGGUGGCCUUUUUUUUGAAGGAGCUAUUGCAUUAGCUGGAUCUGCUUUCGGUUUAGUAGGAGGAGCAACAAAUAUUGGGGCAUCAGUUGUUGUAGAUGAAUUGAUGAAAAGAGCCGAAGCAAAAUCUGAAGAAUCUUUAAAAAAUCAAGCGAGGACCACUGACGAUUUAAUAAAUCUGCUGGAUGAAUACAAGGAAAAAACAAAGAUCCAUUUGGAGACAGCUAAAAUGUUCGGCGACGUCUUAAUGCGUUUUAAACAGCUACACAAGGACAGAGUGGAAUUAACUAUUGUAAUAGGAGAUUCUGUCGAAGAAGUGCUCGGGUACGCCAAGUCAUUUGUAAAAGUAACAAAGUUGAUUAAGGAAGAGAAAAAAAACGUCGAAAAAUAUGCGUCUAGAGGAAAGGAAUUAAUCAGAAUUGGUGCCACAAUGGGAACAAAAACAGGCAGUGACUACAAAUCAACUAAGGAGACUUUGCACAGAGUAGUUACGACGGAUCCUCCGUAUAAGCCACACAUUAAGGGACUUAACAGAGAUCUUGGCUUUGCUAGUGGCUACACUUUCACGAACAACUAA